AUGGCAACUACAACAAAAAGUAAUAAAACAAAUAAAAAUAUUCUAGUUUCAAAUAAAGAAAAAGAAAUAUUAGCUGAAUUGCAUGAACUUUAUGCUCAUGAUUAUAAAAAAUAUGGUGAACAUAUUUUACGAGAAUCAAAUAUACCAGCAUCAAUCAAAAACGUGUAUAAAUCUUUGGAUGAACGUCAAGCUACUAAACGUGUUUCCACUUAUUUUCGAAGAACAAGUGUUCAAAAAAGUUCACGAUCAAGUUACGUUAAGAGACCUUCGCGUCUAUCAAAUCGUAAUGUAUUACGAAUAGAUGAACCAAUGCCAACUACACAGUCGGAUUCUGAACCGGAUGAUGUUGAUGACAAAGAUCAGCAAGAAUUGAAUAGUUCUUUAAUUGAAAAUUAUAUAAAUGAAACAGAUGAAAAUCCACUGGUGAUAAUCAAUGACGAUUAUGAUGGACAAGAAAUUCAACUAACAGAAGAUAAUCCAAUUCAUCAAGAAAAACAAACAUUAUCAUUAACAAAUAAUGAAUCAAUGAAUAUUUCUACUUCUCAAUCGUCUACAAAUUUAAAAUCUGAUUUAUUAUCAGUACGUACAAAUAUUCAACAAGCUUUACAUGAACUUGAUCGUGCUAUAUCAAAAUCUGAUAGUUCAACUAAAGAAUCUAACAAUAAACAACAACGAUUAUUAAUUAGAAGCAAUAAUUUCUUAACAAAUAGUUAUGAAAAUCGAAAAUUAGAUGAUAUUGUUCGUUCAUUAUCAAAUGUUGUUAAUCAACAACAAGAAAAUAUUCAUUUUAUCAUUAAUGAAUCAUCUAAUUUAUUAGCUGAUGAAAAUAAUCAACCAUUAGAUAAAGUAUCAAAAACAAAACAACAAUCAAUUAAACAUGUUCUUCAACGUUUAAAUAAUCUUGUUGAUCGAGGAAAUUCUAUUUAUGAUAAAUUAGAAAAGAUUUUGUCAGAGUUUUGA